AUGGUUUCAAAAUCAACCUUGCCAAUCGACAUUUUCCCAACCUGGGCACGCUUGAAUGAUGUGGAAUUUACCAACGCCAAAUUGCAAGAAACGGACGGAAAGGGAAUUGGCUUAGUGGCCACCAACAACUUGACAGGAAGUGUAGAAACAUGCGGACUUGAAGGAACUGAGGACAAGCCAGGGCCAGAGGGCCAAGCUUGCAAUUCAGAUGGGGAAAAGGACGAAAGAGCUAGGAUAGAGACUCAUGGUCAUGCCAACGACCACCUAAGAAAGAUACUACAGGUUCCUCAUGAUUUGAUCCUUUCAACCGCUUCCAUCGAAGAGUAUUCCAAGGUCGAUCAAAACUUUCGUCAACUACUUGACUCUGCAGGACAUCAGUCGACCCGGGCAGAUAUCAUGCUGUAUCUCUUGGCACAUCUCGUUCUCUCCAGCCGAGAUGCCUCGAGCCCAAGAGACCUUGUACCAACACCAUGGACGGAGUACCUGAAGUUUCUGCCUCGUGAUAUCCCAGUCCCAACAAUGUGGUCGGAACUUGAGCGAGCUCUGCUCCAGGGCACUUCGCUAGAGGCUGCACUAGACGCUAAACUAUCAGCUCUGAACAAGGAGUUUGAUGAACUCACCGAAAGAUCAUCAACUCUUCCGUUUUGGAACUCGUUCUUUUGGGAAAGAGAGGCGGUGACUAUUGAUGAUUGGGUAUUGGUUGACGCGUGGUACAGAUCGCGAUGUCUGGAACUACCGAGAUCUGGGCAUGCCAUGGUUCCUGUCCUUGACAUGGCCAACCACUCACACUCACAAACUGCUUACUAUGACGAAGACGACGAAAACAAUAUUGUCUUACUCUCUCGGCCUGGUAUGGAAAUAUCCAUUGGAGACGAAGUGAAUAUAUCCUACGGAGAAAAGGCACCCGCAGAAAUGAUCUUCAGUUAUGGGUUUAUUGACCACGAGUCCACUGUAGAGGAACUGACUCUACCUCUGGAGUUGCUGGCCGACGAUCCAUUAGGAAAAGCGAAACUCCACAUUUUUCGAGGGUCGCCAACUAUUAAGCUAUCUCGAUCAAACGGGAAAAUAAGCUGGCAAUGUCCUUUCGUCUACUUGAUGUGCCUGAAUGAGGAGGAUGGUCUGGAGUUCAGGAUCCUCCAAGGAACAAACGGAGACCGGGAGCUAAGGCUUUUCUGGCAGGACGAAGAUGCCACGGCUCGAGCAGAUGAUUUCGGAGAUCUCAUCAAGGACCACCCCCUCUGUCAGAUCUUUAGGCUUCGAGCUGUUUCGGUCUUGCAUGAAGUCGUAACCGACCAUCUCAUGCAGCUCUCUUCCGAGAUUUCCCAUGAUGAACUCGAGCCAUUGCGCCGGGCCGGACAGAUCAGAGAUGGGCGCCUCCAACUGGCCCAAAAGCUCAGAGAAACAGAAGCCAGUGUCCUUGAAAGCGCUGCGGUAGCACUGGAUGAACAGGCCAAGCAGCAAACACUUCCCCAGAUUCCCCGGAAACUCCCCCAGGUCCUCGAACGUUCUCCGCAUUCUUGGCUUACUAGUCUGUGUGUCCCGGAACCUACAUAG